AUGGGUGCCAAAGGCAAACUUCGUCCCUUAAGUGGGCAUGUCACUGUUAAAAAUCUACCAACAUAUUUUGAUUCUUUCUUUCUAGUCAAGCGUAUUUCCACAAAUAACGAAACCUUCGAUAAUGUUUCACCUUUUCUUGUCCAAAGGGCUAUUUCCGCUACUGUUGGAGAUGUCACAUCAAUAAAGAAAAUUCGCUCCGGAGAUCUACUUGUAGAAGUUAAUUCUAUGAAACAAGCGAAACAAAUUAUGAAAAUUAAAGCUUUAGCUGAUAUAAAGAUAACAGUGGAACCUCAUAAAACUCUAAAUUCUUCUAAAGGUGUCAUAACUGUUAAAGAACUUUUUAAUGUCCCUUUAGAGGAAAUCGCAUGUGAAUUAAAACCACAAGGAGUUACACAUGCGCGACGCAUUUUCAUACGAAGGGAUGGACAGCUCCUUCCGACGAAGCAUCUGAUCCUGACCUUCAGAUCACCAAAACUUCCCGUCUCUAUCAAGGCAGGAUAUAUUAACUGCCCAGUCAGGCCAUAUAUCCCCACACCUCUACGUUGUUUCCAUUGCCAGCGUUUUGGCCACCCAAAAACUGCUUGCCACGGCAAACGUACUUGUGCCCGCUGUGCGGAAGUUGGUCAUGAUAACGCUGAGUGUAAUGCAACAGAAAAGUGCGUAAAUUGUAAGGGCAACCACACCUCUUAUUCUCGGUCUUGCCCUAUCUGGAAGUUUGAAAAAGAGGUCAUUGAAGUUAAAUUCAAGGAACAGAUGUCUUAUCCCGAAGCCCGACGGAUUGUCAAAGCUCGGACAACGACGUCUGGUAACACUUACGCUUCGGCAGUGAAGAAAACUCUUGUUAGCCAAAGUACGCAAUAUGAAAUAAAUGAUUUUCCUCCUGACAUUGACACAGAUACUUCUGAUACGGUCAACUCGGAAACAGUUAAAGCUCAACGCAAGAAGCCUUCUAAAGCUGAAAAGUCUUUAAAGCUUAAAAUUUCUAAGCACGGUUUUCCUCGCAAAGAUUUAGCAAAGACGUUCAAAAAACAAUCAAAAAAGCAAUCUUUAGCCCUGGGUAUUGCGGAGAAAGGCCUCAUACCCAAAGAUUUACCUCCUUUGUUCGGUGGCACUCCAAAAAGUUCUGAUGUAAUUAACUUACAUCCCUCGGAGGAGGAGGAUGAAGAUCUUAAGAUGAGUUGCGAAGUUUCUCCAACUCCUAAUGUUUCCGUCUCAAAUUCUUUUUCACCUCAAAUUACUUAA